AUGACAAAAGAGAUGUCGAAUUCCAAGGCGACACCGGCUCUCCCGAGCGACGACGGCGAAUCCAGUCAAGAGGUCGGCUCCACCAGUAUCCAUAACAAGGCCUUCAGCGUCUGGAGUCUGCUCGCCGUUGCAUUCACUUGUGCGGCAGGCAUUUCCAAUGGAGGGGCUCCUCUGUUCAUCUACGGCACCAUCGUCGUAGUCGCGGCCUCCGUAUGCGUUGCAUGUUCGCUCGCCGAGCUUUCGUCCGCCAUCCCCCAUGCUGGCGGACAGUUCCAUUGGAUGACCAAAUUUACGCCGGAGCUGACGUGCGCCAAGGCGAUGCUUACCGUGCCGCUCAUGGUCAUUGGAAUGAUAUCCAUCAGGUAUGCGGAUAUCGUUAUCGAUAGAUGGAUGGUCUUUGUAGGGUACCAAUGCACCAACAUCUUCUGCUGCAUCUUCAACUGUGUGGAACGCGUGCUUCCCAAGAUUGCACUCGCCAAUCUCGUCGUCGCUGUUGCGGCUACAAUAACCAUCUUCAUCUCAGUCCUCGCCGCCUCCCCAACCAAACAAUCCGCCGAAUUCGUCUUCGUCACGUACGAGAACAUUUCAGGGUGGAGCGACGGAAGCGCCUUCCUCACCGGCUUGCUAGCCGCGAACUGGGGCUUCUCAUGCAUCGACUCCACGCAUCUCGCCGACGAGCUGCCGGAGCCCCAGAAGAACAUUCCCAAAGCCCUCAUGUGGACCGUAGCGCUCGGUUUCGGUACAUGUCUAGCAAUCGUCAUCGCAGUCUUUUUCUCGGGCGCGAUCGUGCUGGGGUCGCUCAUGGCGUUCAACUUCCUCUGCGCAGGCGUCUCCAUCCAAACGUGGCAAUCGCGUCUCGCCUGGGCCCUCGCCUGCGACGAAGGCCUGCCAUUCAGCCGGCAUCUCACUUCAGUCGCAAAGCAACCUUUCGACGUGCCGAUCUGGGCCCACCUGUGGUCCUUGAGUGUGGCGUUCAACACAUUCAUCGGCGGCGGGCUACUCUUGCAGUACUUGUCAUACUCUGCAUGUGUGAUCGCGUUGCUCGUGCAUGGCCGCAAGAAUAUCACGCCUGGGCCGUUCUGGCUGCCGAGGUUUGGGCCGGUUGCUAAUGGAGUUACUAUUGGCUGGACGCUGCUGACGUUGGUUUUUUACUCGUUUCCGCGGUUAUUCCUGCGGCUGCGAGUACUAUGA